GCCCGGGCGGCUGGAACUAGGGAGGCCGAGCCGCGCGGGGCCCCCUUCUAUGCCGGGAAGAUGUUGGAGAGCAGCGGCUGCAAGGCGCUGAAAGAGGGUGUGUUGGAGAAGCGAAGCGACGGGUUGCUGCAGCUCUGGAAGAAAAAGUGCUGCAUCCUCACAGAGGAGGGGCUCUUGCUCAUCCCGCCCAAGCAGCUCCAACACCAGCAGCACCAGCAACAGCCCGGCCAGGGGCCGGCCGAGCAGGCUCAGCCCGGAGGCCCCGCCGUGGCCGGCCUCGAGCCGCCGGUCAAGCUCAAGGAAUUGCACUUUUCCAACAUGAAGACCGUGGAUUGCGUGGAGCGCAAGGGCAAGUACAUGUACUUCACUGUGGUGAUGGCCGAGGGCAAGGAGAUCGACUUUCGGUGCCCUCAGGACCAAGGCUGGAACGCGGAGAUCACGCUGCAGAUGGUGCAGUACAAGAACCGUCAGGCCAUCCUGGCGGUCAAGUCCACGCGGCAGAAGCAGCAGCACCUGGUCCAGCAGCAGCCCCCGCAGCCGCAGCCUCAGCUGAGCAGCCAUGCCCUGCUGGCCUUUAAGACCAGAUAUCCUGUGCUUCCAGAGUCACUGAUGAGUGUUCAACUGCUGCACGGAAAGAAACGGGAAAUGACUCUUGAGGUGUUUCAAAGCUGUAAUUACGUCACGGUCGUCCACCGGCUUUCUCCUGAAGCUGAGAACUCAUAUGCAGCUCGGUUCCUGCCGGAGCCAACAGCUCAGUUAUUUUGCAAGUGUUUUGUACUUGGCGGUCGCCACCCCUCCGAGUGGCGUGGCUUGCUCUGUCAGGGCUGA